UCAAUUAAUCUAGUCAAUUUAAACAUCUUCAAUAAAAUUAAGGCCCAGCCUUUGAACGUUGACGCUUACUACUUCGAAACACCCAGAAAACACAAGGGGAAGUAGAGUCUCCUAAGUGAUGGAUAGAGAGUGGGGAUCGAAGCCUGGAAGCGGCGGCGCCGCUUCGGCUCAGAAUGAAGCCAUUGAUCGUCGAGAGCGUCUUCGGAGACUCGCCCUCGAGACUAUCGAUCUUGCCAAAGACCCCUAUUUUAUGCGCAAUCAUCUUGGAAGUUACGAGUGUAAGCUGUGUUUAACAUUGCACAACAAUGAGGGAAAUUACUUGGCACAUACUCAAGGAAAGCGUCACCAAACCAAUUUGGCUAAGAGAGCGGCUCGUGAGGCUAAAGAUGCUCCUGCUCAACCUCAACCUAAUAAACGCAAAGUUGAUAUUCGUAAAACUGUUAAGAUUGGCAGGCCUGGGUACCGAGUAACAAAGCAAUUUGAUCCUGACACAAAGCAGCGGUCUCUUCUUUUCCAGAUAGAGUAUCCUGAAAUUGAGGACAACACUAAGCCUAGGCACCGGUUUAUGUCUUCUUUUGAGCAGAGGGUUGACGCUUUUGACAAAAGAUUCCAGUAUCUUCUGUUCGCUGCUGAGCCUUAUGAAAUCAUAUCAUUCAAGGUUCCUAGCACCGAAAUUGACAAGUCUACCUCCAAAUUCUUCUCACAUUGGGACCCGGAUUCCAAGAUGUUCACGUUGCAGCUAUAUUUCAAGCCCAAGCCACCAGAGGCCAAUAAACCACAACCUACUACUGGACCAAAUGGUACUUCAGCCCCAGGGGUCCCACCAGGGCCUCUUGCUCCACCUCCUCAUGCGCCUCCGCCCCCUCCUCCACCGCCACAAGGACCUCCACCUAGUGCUCCAACUGGAAAUCCUCCAAGAAUGCCGCCACCACCACCACCAUCAAUGGCUAAUGGGCAGAGGCCAUUGCCUCCUGGUGGGCCUUCUCCAGCACCACCACCUCCCCCAGCAGGGAAUUCUGGAAUGGGAAACUUCACAAUGGGAAACCAACUGCCUCCACCGCCCCAAGGCUUUCCUGGUCAACAGAUGCAAGCACCACCACCUCCUCCUCCCAACAUUAGCCAGUAACAGUGGGAGUACUAAAUUAUUAGUUUUGAUCCAUGAAAUCUGUACUAGAUUGGAUGAUUUUAGUUUCUUGUACUCGAAAAACGUUCUAUUGUACCAUAAAUUUUGUUUUUCCCUGGAAAAUAUGUGUAUUCACUCACUGUCAACAACUUUUCUAUCUUGGUGAACUAGUGUUUGAAUUCCUUUUUACAUUUAAAUUAUAUUACAGAAAAUGUAGUCUGAUACUCGCUCCGUUUUUUUU